AAUGGGAUUCUAAGCACAUUCAGAGAUCAUAUUAUUGAACUUCCUAUGAAAAUCCCAUUUUUAGCGACAGUUAUUUCUCUUGCAUCGACAAAAGAGGCAUCAAUAGGGAAAUAUACAGUAGAAUUUAUGGCAACGGCAGCGCAAGCAUUUCUUGAUGGAGGUGAAUGGAGAAAAUUUAAGUUAAUUCUUCGAUUUCUUGUUUAUGCGACAUCGAUUAUUGAUGGAGAUGGAGUAUUAAAUAUACUAGAUGGAUUGACACAGCGUAUUUCUGAAGUAUCUAAAGAUAUGUCAGAAAAAGGAGAUUUUAAUACCAAAUUUCAUGCGGAUGAACUGGCGUAUGUUUUUCUUAUUACAGUUCCAUAUGUAAUAGCACGGUCAACGGAAGUUUCAUGUGGAUUUGAUACACUUUUUUCGUAUGUAGAUCGUGUUGAAGCAUAUAUGAAGUAUCGCUCAGUUGAUCUUUCAUUGUUACAACCAUUUAUAGAAGACGAAGCAUCUCAAGAUGUAGAAAUUCUUGAGGAAUUAUGGAAUCAAGUUCAAUAUAUGAAAAACGGGAAAUACGAUGCAAACAUAUUUCUGCGACCAUGGUUGAAAUUUGAAAUACAAUUAGCAAAUACGCCUAAAUUUGCAUUACCAGCAAUAGUUUUUCCGAAAACUUUUGAUAAUGCAGGGAGAUUUUAUUUUCCUGAAUCACAUUUUCGUAUUUUUGGCCAACCAGAUCAAAUAAAUUUAUCAUUUCAAACUAUAGCAAGUUCAGUUAUAAAGGAUCUUGUUGGUGAUAUUAUUGAUAUUAUGGAAUUUAAUCGAAAAGAAGCUGCACGUUUUCUGGCAGAUUUAUCUUUUUAUUUUGCACCCAAUCUAUUUGCUUCUGAAACAUUUUCUAGUGAAAUAAAUGACACAAUGGAUACACUUACGGAAUGGAAAUCUGAAGAGAUUAUUUUGGAAACAAUAUUUGGACGAUUAUUUCGAUUGCCCAAACCACUUCAACCACCUAUAUAUUAUCAUUCUCUUUUAAUAGAACUUUGUAAAUUAAUUCCGAAAAAAAUAGCACCAUCUUUAGGAUAUAUGAUUAGAUAUAUAUACCAGACACUUCCACGCCUUGAUCCUGAAAUUUCUUUUAGAUUUUGGACAUGGUUUUCUCAUCAUUUAAGUAAUUUUAAUUUUAGCUGGAAAUGGGAUGAAUGGACAUCUAGUCUUGAACUUGAUUUAAUGCACCCUAAAAGAACAUUUAUAGCAGAAACGAUAGAAAAAGAACUCUGUCUAAGUUACUAUUCCAAAAUUAAAGAAUCACUUCCUGAAGCAUAUCAUAUAUUAUUACCCGAGGAACCUUCUAAUCCUUAUUUUGAUUAUGAAUUACCAAAUUCUAAAUAUUACGCAGAAGUAGGAACUUUACUUGAAACAAUGAAAGUAAAUACAGAGCAAUCAGAAACAGAUGUUGCAUUAGAAAUUAUUGAAAAAACAGCUAUUGAAAACAAUGAAAAUGAUCCUCCAUAUGAGGCUCUUAAAGCUUUAGUACAAUGUGUUUUACAUUUAGGAGCAAAAUCUUUCUCUCAUGCUUUGAAUACUAUUGAGCGUAAUUUGCCAGGAUUGCAAGCACGCUGCAAUGCAAAUGAAAAAACACGCCGGCAAACUAUUGAUAUUAUUAUUAAAUUUUGGAAAGAUCAACCAACAAUUGGAACAACUCUAAUUAAUAAAUUUUUGAAUUAUUCUAUCAUUGAUUCAGUAUCAAUUAUAGAAUGGAUAAUUUUGGAUGCAGACGUUGAAUAUAUUGGCAGAAGUUUUACCUGGGAAUUAAUGAAGAUAGCCUUGAAUAAAGUAAAUUCCACACCUGUUCAAAUUAAAGAUCGUAUAAAUAUGGAAAUCUCUCAUAAUGAACCAGGAAGUUUGUCGAAUUAUCGAAAAGCCUAUGAUGAAGUAUACAUGAAGCGAGAAGCUGUUUUUGUUACAAUUUUUGAAAAAUUUCCAAAAUUAUUUGACCGUGCUAAAGUUUCACAAAAAAAAAGUAAUGGUAUUGAGAAAAAUAAAACAUUAGAUAACCAGACAGUAUGGCAACUUUGGUGGGCUAAAGGACUGUUUAAAGAAAUUGCACGAAGAUAUUAUUAUGAAAUAUCAAAUCUUUCAGAUGCAUUAAACCCUGUCAUAAAAGAUAAAUAUAUUAAAGAAAUAUUCGAAAAAGUUAGAAAUCUAAACAAAAUUAUAUAAUUGUAAUAAACAACAUGAAAACAAUAUAUCAGUACGAUUUUCAUUU